GGUUCGGGCACAAGGUCUUUUUAAACCUCCCCGACUCCCAUCCCCUCUGCCCUAGGCCCCAAAUCUUGAGAGCUAGGAAAAGCGAGGAGAAGAGCGUGAGAAGAAGAGGAAAGGGAGCGAGAGAAGGCAACAAGAAGAGGAAAAAAAACAAAGGAAAGAAAAGAGGGCGGUAACACUCGACGGCAGCCACAGCCGCCGGCGUCAGCACGCGGUGGCCGCCACAAAUUCACUAAGGGACCACAAGGUUUAUGCACUGGUGGAUGUUGAAUGAUCCUCUCGAUGGACUUAAAUGCAUCACCUGUACCUGAAGAAGAUGAUGAGCCUUAUGAAGAACAGGUUGAGGGUGAAAUCAUACAUGAAGAGCGUGCAGAGUCUGCUGUGGCAACCAUGCGCAGGGAACGAGAAGAAAGGAAGCGAAGGCUGAAAAGAGAAAACCAAGAUGAAGGCAUAAAGCGAUUUUCGCAACCAUUGAGAAAUGAUUUCAUGCCUCAAAAUAGAAGCGGAAGAUCCUAUGGAAGAGUUAAGGAAGUCCCUCAAGGUUGGUUGGAUUGCCCCUCAUAUGGUCAGUGCAUAGGUCAUAUUAUUCCUUCUAAAGUUCCCCUAGAUGAGACAUUUAAUGACUCCGUGGUGCCUGGCAAAAGAUAUUCUUCAAGACAAGUGAUCAAUAAACAUAGAAGAGCGGGUCGGGAACUUGGGUUGGUAAUUGAUUUGACAAAUACUACUCGCUAUUAUUCACCGUCAGAAUGGACAAAUCAAGGUAUAAAGCAUGUUAAGAUCGCUUGUAAGGGACGCGAUGCUGUACCAGAUAAUGAGUCUGUAAACACAUUUGUUUAUGAGGUUAUGCAGUUUCUCUCCCGCCAAAAGCAUUCAAAGAAGUAUAUUCUUGUUCACUGUACUCAUGGGCAUAAUCGUACAGGGUUUAUGAUUAUCCAUUUCCUCAUGCGCACACAGUUGUUGCAUGUCUCUGAUGCAUUACAUAUAUUUGCUCAAGCACGUCCUCCGGGGAUCUAUAAGCAGGAUUAUAUUGAAUCCCUGUACAUGUUUUACCAUGAAAGUCCUGAAAAUUUGUUCUGCCCUUCUAUUCCAGAGUGGAAAAGGUCUUCUGAUCUUGAUCUGAAUGGUGAAGCUAUGCAGGAUGAUGAUGACGAUGGCGAUACUGCAACUUUCUCAAAUGUGCAUAUGGAAAACAAAAUAAUAACAAAUGAUGAUGUUUUGGGGGAUGCAAUACCAUAUGACCAGCAAGACUCUAUGCGUCAGAUUUGUUAUCAGUUACUUGAUAUAACUCCUUCAGUAAGGGGUUAUGCACAAUUUCCAGGAUCACACCCUGUUUCUCUCAACAGGGAUAAUCUGCAAUUAUUAAGACAGAGGUAUUAUUAUGCUACUUGGAAAGCUGAUGGGACCCGGUAUAUGAUGCUUAUUACCACACAUGGUUGUUACUUAAUUGACCGAAAUUUUUGCUUUCGAAGGGUUCAAAUGCGUUUUCCUCUGAAGAAUGUGAAUGAGGGUUCUCAUAACCUGACUUUGAUUGAUGGGGAAAUGAUUAUCGACACACUACCUGAUACAGGACUGAAGAGAAGAUAUUUAGCCUAUGAUUUGGUGGCACUUAAUUCUCGUUCUGUUAUAAAGUUGCCCUUUUCUGAAAGGUGGAAGUUACUGGAGGAGGAAGUAGUUCGGCCUCGGAACAAUGAGAGAAAGCAGUUUGAAUGUGAAGGAAAAUGCAAUUCAAUUUAUAGAUACGACAUGGAACCGUUUAGUGUUAGGAGGAAGGACUUCUGGUUGUUAUCUACUGUUGUUAAGCUUCUGAAGGAGUUCAUUCCGAAGCUUUCACAUGCAGCUGAUGGCCUUAUAUUUCAGGGUUGGGAUGAUCCUUAUGUGCCUCGUACCCAUGAAGGUCUUCUGAAGUGGAAAUAUCCAGAGCUGAACUCGGUUGACUUUCUUUUUGAGGUGGGGAGUGAGGGUCGCGAAUUAGUUUUUCUUUUCGAGAGAGGUAAAAAGAAACUCAUGGAUGGGGCACAAGUUAUAUUUAAAGGGAUGCUGUUUUGUAUUGAAUCUGUGGUUCUUUUUGAUUAAUGAAAUUUAUAAUUCUAUGUCUAGAUUAAGAAAUAAGAAGUGAACAACUCUAGGAUUGCCCACUUACCCCUAUUUACCACCAUAUUGGGGGCUUAUAUAAUGGAUGAUGAUUUCUGGUACCUUGGAUUGUUCUGCUAACAGCAUUAUUUUCUUUUUCUUUUUUUCUUUUUUUUUUCCAAUACUGGAAAUAAAGGUCCUCCAGCAGUGAAUAACCUUGAACAUUGUGCGUGUGUAUGUGGAAAACACUGCCCUUGCUAGGAUCUCAUGUUGUAAAUGUUGAUCAUUAAUUUUAUCUCCACACUGGGAACUUCUAAAUCCUCUGAAGUCAGUUUGUAGUCGUUUUGUAUUGUGACCAUUAGGAGAACAAGAAUUUUAACAUUUUCAUUGCAUAGAACUUCUUAACAUGGCUUUCUUCUAUCUUAUUAUAGAAAAAAUUGGGCAACCUAAUUCUGUGUUAUCAUCAAAAAUUGAAGGCAGCUUAAUAUUUUUACCCCAUGGAGUUCAUGGUUUGGGGUGGCAAUAUUCUAUUUUUGGGUUGUUCAGAAUCUUUGUUUAGUGCCAUUGAAGAAAUGGAAAAUUAGGUUUAGGUACAGUUUACAUGGGCAUAAUCAUCUCUUAGUCUGUUGGUAUCCCAUUUUCUUGUUUCCAUCUACCUUGAUCUUGCUGCAUCCAUAUGGAUCCUUGAAGAGAAUCUCCUUCAUCAACCUUGGCUGGAGCAGCAUAGUGGUUAUAUUAUUUAGGCUUAGAGUCAUCCACUGCUGAUUGACCUUUUGAUGUGAGAUUUAUGUCGUCGAUAUUUUCACCAUCUUGUUUGUCUUUUUCAUUGCCAUCGUCAAAUUAGCAUGGGUAUAGGCAUUAUAAUAUCUUUGAAUUCUCUUC